UAAAAAAAAUAUUUGACGCGAAAUAUGUCAAUAGGAUUUGUAAUAGUGUAUUUCCAUAUCUUAAAUAGCAACGUAAACAAACACAAUUUUAAAAAAAAGCCGAAAUUAAAUCACCAGAAACAUUUAAAACCAUUGAAUGGCAACAGACUGGUUCCGGAAUCUCAAAGUAGUAGACGGAAUAAGAUUGGACAACUAUUUUCUUUAUAAGCACGAUUUGUACAGAGCUGUGUACAUACACAGAAAAUAUUUGAAAUACUACAAAGAUAUUGGUAGAAAAUCUAAGAAAAAGGAGAAGCUUGAUAAGUCGGAACGACAAAACGCAAAUCCAAAAAAGAACGAAACUGUAAUUCACGAUUCGAUCUUGGAACAAACAGUCAGAUUUGCCAAGAGUCUUGUCCCAGCAGCCAUACCCCCAAGUAGAGAUAAAUCUCCAGUAUACUACACCAUAAAAGCAUCUAAGGGACACAGAAAGAAAAGCAAACCUGAAAACAACGAUUUACGCGAAAAAGAUAAAAUGACAAAGAAAAAAGAAGGAAAAAAGGUUAAAGAAAGAAAAACUAAAGAUAGUUUUAACGCUAAUGAGUUUUUAACUCCAUCUGAAAGUAAUACAUUAGAUGACCUACAAUUAAAUCAAUCAAUGACUUGCACAGACUCUGAAACAUUUGAUGCAAAAUACAAAAAAGACAAAGAGAAUACAACAGUUCAUUCUAAAAUUAAAAAUAUUAAUUCCGUUUCUGUUCAGAAAAUCAGAAACGUUGAUGGCGAUACAGAAAUAAAAGCUCUCGUCAUGAAUGAGAGCGAUAUAAAUACUUUAGCGGAAAGUAUCCAAGAGCCAAUUUUAAACGCUUUGAAAGGUUGUUUGGGCGAUAUUAAAGCCUUGGCUUGUAAAGAUAAUAUGAAAUCAUUGCAAACACAUUUGUUGUGUAAUACGCAAAAACUUGACAACAUACUCGUAACUCUAGCGUGUAUAGAAAAAAAGCUAGACGCACACAUCGAAAAGACGACGGUGAGAAAUGUCGUGAAAUCAUCUAGGCUAGAAGAACUCAGCAAAGACGUUAUAAAAGAAGAAUUAAGUUCAGAAGAAGAAUUACUUGAAGUGAAUAGAGACAACAGUGAUGUUGUUGAGUUUAUUUAUAAUGAUAAUGUGAUUAAAGGUAAUUUAGGAUGUGGAGAGGUACAAGACAAGAAAAUGUCCGCAUCGGUUGGUGUUAAAACUGAUCGUCCUAACAGAAUUCCGGCUAGAUUUUGUUGGACUGACACUGUAACGAAAAAUUAGGAAGCAUUUUGAUAUUGAAUUUGUAAUUAAUUAUACUUUUGAAGUAGUUAUGUUGUGUAUUGUAUUAGAUUUGAUUAGAUUUGUUGGCUUAUUAAAUUUGCUAUCAAUUAUAUCUUAAGCUGGUUUAUUUUUAAUUAACCGAGAUCGAAAAGAGAGGAAGGAGGUUGUUAACAAUUCGACUGUAUUUUUUCUAGAUGAUUCGAUUUUGAUGAUUCUUUUUUUAUUUGAAAGAUGUUGCUACUCAUGUUGUCCCAUUUUAUCAAGCACUUAGGUUGUGUUAUAUAUUAUAUUAUUAUAACGCAA